GGGGCGGGGCCGGGAGGGGCCGGGGCGGGGCCGGGACGAGCAGCGCGGAGCGGGGCGCGCACCCGCGAUGACCAUCGGCGGCCCCCGCGGGCGGCACCCCCGCCUCGCGAUGCCGUGCCUGCGGAAGAUGGAGCGGAUGAUCGUCAGCAUGCAGGACCCCGACAUGGGCGUCAAGAUGAGGAACCAGCGCUUGCUCAUCACCGUCAUCCCCCACGCCAUGACAGGGAAUGACAUCGUGGAGUGGCUCAUCCAGAAGUAUGGGAUCUCUGAAGAGGAAUCGCUGCACCUUGGCAACCUCAUUGUGAAGCACGGCUACAUCUACCCGCUCAAGGACCCCCGCAGCCUGGUGCUGCGGGCAGACGAGUCGCCCUACCGCUUCCAGACCCCGUAUUUCUGGACCAGCACCAAGUGGCCGGCCACAGAGCUGGACUAUGCCAUUUACCUGGCCAAGAAGAACAUCCGCAAGCAGGGAGACCUGAUCGAGCACGAGAAGGACAACUACAACCUCCUGCACAAGCGGAUCAACCACACGUGGGACUUUGUGGUGAUGCAGGCGCGGGAGCAGCUCCGGGCGGCCAAGCAGCGGCGGAAGGGCGACCGCAUCGUCAUCGACUGUCAGGAGCAGGCGUACUGGCUUGUCAACCGGCCCCCGCCAGGUGCCCCCAACGUGCUGGAGCAGGGCCCCGAGCGCAGGAACUGCCACACCACCCGCGUCCAGCUGACCAAGAACAUGGAUUACUACAAGCGGGAGAUCGAGUACUGCAGGAAGGCCAUGGCCAGGACCAGGGUGAAGUCUUCCAUCUGCCUCGAGGGGUACCUCAAGUUCAAUGAGCAGUACGUGCCCCACGACCCCAUCAUGUCCGGCUGCCUGCCCAGCAACCCCUGGAUCACAGACGACACCACGUACUGGGCCAUGAACGCCCCCACGGUGCAGACCCCCACGAAGCUGCGUGUGGAGAGGUGGGGCUUCAACUUCAGCGAGCUCCUUAUGGACCCCCUGGGCCGGGCACAGCUCCUCGACUUCCUCAAGAAGGAGUUCAGUGCCGAGAACCUGAGCUUCUGGGAGGCAUGUGAGGAGCUGCGCUAUGGGGAGCAGUCCCGCAUCCCUGAGAUUGUGGACUCCAUCUACCAGCAGUUCCUGGCUCCUGGUGCCACGCGCUGGGUGAACAUCGACAGCAAGACCAUGGAGCGGACCCUGGAGGGCAUCAAGACGCCCCACCGCUACGUGAUGGACGAUGCGCAGAUGCACAUCUACAUGCUCAUGAAGAAGGACUCGUACCCGCGGUUCCUCAAGUCGGAGCUCUACAGGAACCUCCUGGCCGAGGCCGUCAUCCCCCCGGAGACCAAGAAGCGGGUCUUCCCCUUCAUGCGCAAACCGCGGCACUCCAGCCCCAGCCCGGCGCUGCUCCUGCCCGCGGGCGACACCGAGGAGCGGAGCCGCGGCCCCGCGCCUGCCCCCGUCCCCGAGGAGGAGAGCUGAGAGUCCCAGGCC